UAUAACUCACGUCGGUGCUUCUGAAUAUUGUUUACGGAGACAUGAAGAAAGCACACAAACAAAACUCCAUCUUCAACCUUUACCGGAAGUGACUUUCAACCGGAUCGGAUCUUCUUUGUUGAUUGACAGCUUGGUUUCCCUGGCAACAGUAAACGCAGCCCAGUGCAGGGGGGUGGACAUGGCGGAGCUCCUGAAGAUUAAGUGUAAGAUUGAAGAGUUCCGAAAACAACAGUUCUACAAACAGAGGUUAGCUGAGGCAAACAAACGGGCAGAAUUCAAGGCUGUUCUCAAAAUCCAGAGCUGGUUCAGAGGCCACAGGGUGAGAAUCUACAUCAGGAAUCUGCACGAGAAGGCAGUCAUUAUACAGAAGAUAUGGCGGGGCUUCAGAGCAAGGGCACUUUUCAGACAAAUGGUGACGGCAGCAUAUUUUAUCAUGAAGAUGAAUUUCUACAACGAGAUGGCUGUUAGGAUCCAGCGGAGGUGGCGAGGAUUUUAUGUGCGCAAGUACAUCCAUAGCUUCUAUUCGCGCAAGAGCUAUCUGACAAGACUGUCCAGAAAAAAUGAAGUAAUCAGGAAGGAGAUGGAUGAACUUGAAGAGCUCCAGAAGAGAGAGAGAACCUGUCUGAAAAAGGUGAAUGAGCAGAAAACCAAAGUCUACCAAGCUUACAGAUGGCACCAUCUCCUCAGCACCAAGCAGUGCCCAGGGGUCUUCAACUCUCCAUUCAGGCUGGCUCCCCAUGAGAUGGAGUCACUACUGAGGCAGGUCAAGUACCAGGCCCCCACCCGGCUAGUCCCCAGGGAAAGCACUCAUCUCACACCUACAAGCCUGAUGACCCCCACUUUCGCCAUGACUCCUGGAUCCCCGAGGAGAAAAAGUCGAGCCUGUUGCUCCCCCGACCCCAUACUUUCUCCCAUCACGAACACCAAACAGGAGCUUCUCUCAUGGUCUCAGUGUCACAGGAGGAGAGCUGAAGAGGAUUGGCCUCUGCUUUUAGCUGUAAACCAUCACCACCUGUGGGAGAGGGAUCAGACAAAGACAGGGGCGGGAGUGAGGCUGAAGCAGAAAGAAACAGUCCGGAUCAGAGACCCUGGGGAGAUGUGGGAGCAAGGCGUGUGUUUUCCUGAGCUGUCUUCGCAUCUGCAGACCUCAUACGGGUACCUGGAGGAUCCACAGAAUGAGAUACGACUUCACAGUGGCACACUACGAAGUGAAAGUAUGCAACAUCAGUUGGACCACAGCAAUAACCUGUUUUCUCAGCCAGACAAUGUCAAGACCUUCACAUAG